UUUUACCGUACAUAACCGCCUGGGAACUCGCCCGGUGUUCUUUCUGUGGGCUCCAAGAUCCUAUAUUGACGUCAUGCCAUGUCACGGUGGUCAACAUCGAUAUCGGCAGUGUCUUUUGAUCAUAGAUACGUCACUUCGUGUGCCCAUGAUGACACCACAACCGGAACUGAUUCAUAAGAACCGUCAUGUCCAUCCAGCCAACUCCCUUUCACCAGCAUAGCUAAGCAACCUCUCGAGAUUUCUUACCAUCCCCUCCCCCCAACCCCAAAAUGACUACUCUUCAUUACCUGCCUCCCGUGAAGCCAUCGGCUAUUGCACUCGGUACCUUUUUUACCCACACCGCGUCGUUAGGUAUACUGGCACCGGUGUUUGGCGAUACCUACCACCGGGCGCAAGCUGCCAAUUCCAAAGAGGAGUUCCUUAAAUCGAAGGAGGCCGCUGGAGCCGCGGCUGCCUGGGGUAGUUCCCUAACUGGGAGUGCCCUCCAGACCUACGGGGUCGCAGCUUUGAUCAAUGCAACCGGGACCCUGAGUUACAAGGGUGCGGCGUAUUUGGGUGGGUUGAUCUUCAUGGCAAGCGCCGCCCCAGGUGUAUGUUCCUUCCGCGUGAUAUCCACAUGAUCGAUCCAAGUCUCCGGGCAAUAUGCGCUAACAUGCCCGCCCCUGGGAAACAGUUUAUCAGCCAGGUUUUCGCAGAGAAGAGACCUUUAGAUACGGUCGCCGUGGGAGCAGUGAGUAGAGUGUUUGAAACAGUCGGUCUGAGUUUAUUCCUGACAUGGUGGGGUACGCGCACAAACCCAUUUGAUUAAGUGAAUGCCCUGAUGCGGCGGACCCGUAUCCCUCGGAUUUCCAUGUAUAGUUUUGGUCUUAUAAUAUGUAAACAAUGUACACCGCGUUGCACUGCUCGACC